GUGUUGCAUUUGAACUUGAAGUGCGCAGACUGCACGCAUCAAACCUUAACUGCUACCCUGUCUGCUACCAUGAGUAGGUCCUCUGGCACAACAGCGAACCCACCAUUUGUUUCUAGAUCUGCCUUCGAUGCUCUCACCGUCGACGACGUGGAAGACUUCGAGGACGAACAACAAGAGGAAGAAACGCCGCAGACACAGGUGACCAGGUUCGUCUUCACCGAUGUUUGUGACCUAGCGCCUACGUAGCUUGCUCAUUGGGCUAUCUAGUACCGAGCAUACGAAGCCGUCGAAAUCUCAAAUAAAGAAGGCUCAAAAACAAGCUCGCACCGAAAGGCGAAAACAACUCCGAGCCUCCUCAAAGGCAGGUACCGCGGAUAAUUCACCUAGACAUACACCCUCUCUGGAAGAGUCUAUUGCGCGUAUGGCCGAGGUAGCGGCAGAUGUCUCUACUCUCCCUACAACAUGUACUGCUUCCGAGUCAAAGCCCACCACAGAGCCACAACAAGAGCCAGCGCCCCAGCCGCAGGUUUCGGAGCCAUCACUUCCGGAGCCUGCUAUUAACGGCGAUAUACAACACGUGAAUGUCGCGGAAAACAACUCUACGCUGCAUCAUCUACCGAGCAAGUUGCUAGACGAUGAAGGACAGUCUGUCUCAAAGCCUGACGUCGAACAGGCACUCAAAAGUGAACCCGACGCGCAAGAAGUCGAACGCACAAAGAAACGACAAAGCAUCCUAACGCGAACAUUAUGGACGUUCAUUAUGAUUGGAGGUUUCGUUGCCUUGCUACUCAUGGGUCACGUUUAUAUGAUCAUGCUUGCCAUGCUGUGUCAAACGAUUGUCUACCGCGAAGUUACUGCUCUAUUUUCACUCAAAAGUCAUGCCCCGGAAUCUGGCGAGAUAGAAAAUAAGGGAAAGAAAGAUCCAUGGAGCAAGACUCUAAACUGGUACUUCUUUGCCGUCACCAACUAUUUUCUAUACGGGGAGAGUAUCAUCUACUACUUCAAGCAUGUUAUAUUCUCGGACGGUCAACUACUUCCCUUCGCUACCAAUCACAGAAUUAUCAGUUUUACGCUUUAUACCAUUGGCUUCGUUGGUUUCGUCAUGUCUCUCAGACGUGGAUUCCUCAAGCAGCAAUUUGGCCUCUUCUGCUGGGUUCACAUGAGCCUGCUGCUGAUCGUUGUUUCUGGUCACUUCAUCGUUAACAACAUCCUCGAGGGUAUGAUUUGGUUCUGGGUCCCCGCCUCGUUGGUUAUUUGCAAUGAUAUAUUUGCAUACGUGUGGGGCAUGUCGGUCGGGCGCACACCCUUGAUCAAGCUCUCGCCGAAGAAAACUGUCGAAGGGUUUGUAGGUGCUUUCUGGAGUACCCUCCUGUUCAGUGUGUUCUGGGGCUCGUACUUCAUGCGCUUCAACUACAUGAUCUGCCCUGUGCAUGAUCUUGGAGUCUCUGCCUGGAGUAAUGUCCAGUGUACACCCAACCCAGUGUUUGUCUGGAAGGUCUGGCAAAUCUGGUCACCCCUCGCGGCAUUUCUUUCGCGGCUCCUCGGAAGAUCAGUGACCGCGAUUCCCUAUGCACCAUACCAACUGCAUCUCCUGGUUUUUGCAGUUUUCGCAUCACUGGUGGCACCGUUUGGAGGUUUCUUCGCAUCAGGUUUUAAGCGCGCCUUCAACAUAAAGGAUUUUGGCCACAGCAUCCCUGGUCAUGGGGGGAUGACCGAUCGCAUGGACUGCCAAUUCCUCAUGGGCGUGUUUACCUACGUCUAUUAUAGUAGUCUUAUUCGAGAACACCACGUCAGCGUGGGUUCUAUCUUGCAGAUGAUUGUUAGCGGGCUUACCGUUGACGAGCAGUUGGAGUUGAUGAAGGACCUAAGGAAGUACAUGCAAGGUCAAGGCAUCACGAUAGUAUGAGCUGGCAUGAUUAUGCACCCAUUUAUGACCGGACAAGACUCAUUACGAUUAACACAUUUUAAUUCACAACUUCCCGUGGAUAAUAUUUUCAAAAUGACAUGCAUUUGGAUAUCAGGCGA